CUGCUUUGUGUCACAUUUUCCGCACGUUGACGUUUACAGUGUACUUCACGUCCAACAUUGUAGCAGGCGGUUUACGGCGUGUCUCGUUGUAAACAUAAGCCCGGUACUUGUGUGGACCAUGGAUGAGCAUGUCGUCGCUAUGUGUGAGCAGCUUAUCAAGGCUGUGAACGUGACCAUGAAUGCCGAAUCGAGUCAAAUAUACCGACUGGAGGCCCUAAAGUUUUUCGAGGAGUUUAAAGAGAAAAGCCUCCUAUGUGUCCCGUGUGCCUUACAUCUAGCAGACAAAACGCAGCCAGCUGUAAUCAGGCACUUUGGCUUGCAAAUUUUUGAACACGUCAUCAAGUUCCGAUGGAACGAUAUGCAACAACAAGAGAAAAUCCAGGUCAAAGACUGUACCAUGCAGCUUUUGUUAAAAGGUACGCAUCCGAUCCUAGAGGAGGAAAGCUACGUCAAAGAUGUGCUCUCACGAGUGGUGGUGGAAAUGAUCAAGAGGGAAUGGCCGCAGAAUUGGCCGAAUAUGCUGGAGGAGAUGGAAACUGUUGCAAGCGCAGGGGAGGCCCAAACGGAGCUUGUGAUGCUAAUUCUGCUGAGGCUGGCGGAGGAUGUGAUCACCUUCCAGACGCUGCCUCAACAGCGGCGCCGAGACAUCCAGCAGACGCUCUCGCAGAACAUGGAGAGCAUCUUCAGCUUCCUCAUGACCAUUCUGCACCAAAAUAUCGAAGAGUACCGAAAAGUGAAAGGGUCGCCACAGAAUGAAAUGAAGGCCAGGGCUCACUGCAGAGUCGCAGUGGCGACCCUGAGCACGCUGGCCGGCUACAUCGACUGGGUGUUUCUGGUGUACAUCACGUCUGGCAACUGCCGUCUGCUGGAGAGCUUGUGUCUGCUGCUGAGCGAGCCGGAGCUACAGUUGGAGGCGGCCGAGUGUCUCCUUAUCGCCAUCAGUCGCAAGGGAAAGCUGGAGGAUAGGAAGCAAUUCAUGCUGCUGUUCGAUGACGUCGCCAUUAAUUAUAUUCUUUCUGCAGCCCAGUCAGCAGACGGUCCUGCCUCCUCUGAAACACAACCAGUUGAGGUGGUUGAGCGGCGCUACGUGUUCCUCAAGAGGUUGUGUCAGGUGCUGUGUGCGCUGGGAAAUCAGCUCAUCUCAUUGGUGGGUUCCGAUGUCAAAGUGGAUGUUCCUGCAAACCUCAGCAAGUACUUGGAAGCCUUGUUGGCUUUCACGACACAUUCCAGCCUGUUUCUGAGGUCGUCCACUCUGCCCACAUGGGCGUCCAUCUUCAAACACGAGACCCUCUCCCAGGAGCCCGUUGUUGUCGAAAUGACCAUCAAGUUCCUCCGAACGGCCAUAAACAACCUCGUCAAGACGGGUUUCCCCACCAGGAAUGAUCACCCAAGUUGUCAGUACUCGCGUGUGGACUUUGACAGUGACGAGGACUUCAACGCUUACUUUAAUUCGUUCCGGUCGCACCUGGGAGAGGGCGUGAGGUGUGCAAGUCGCCUCGUUCCCUUGGACGCUUUUCAGAUGGCUGCAAUGUGGCUGCAAUACCAGCUCGGCAAUGCCACACCUCGGGACAAGGGGCUGUGCCCACGCUUCUCUGCGCCAGUGCUGGAGUGGGAUGCCGUGACCGUGUUCAUGGAGUGUGUGGUGCCUCAGGUCCUCAAGAGCCUCGAGGAAGAGAAAUUACCGGUAGACGGGAGCAUGGAGCUGCUGCAGGCCGUGCUGAGCUACGACACCAAAGAUCCUCUCAUCGUGUCCUGCGUGCUCACCAACGUGUCCACGCUCUUCCCCUUCGUCAAACACAGACUCCAGUUCCUGCCUCAGGUCCUUUGCAAGCUGUUUGAAACUGUUACGUUUGGAUCUGUUCCGGAUGUUAAGACACCACGCAGCCGAGCCGUAAACAAUGUGAGGAGGCACGCCUGCUCCGCCAUUAUCAAGAUUUGCCGGGAUUAUCCACAGUUGGUCUUGCCUUGCUUCGACAUGUUUUACAACCACGUGAAGGAGAUGUUCUCCAGCGACGCCACACUUACGUUUCUGCAGAAGUGCGCCCUGAUGGAGUCUCUGGUGCUCAUCAGUAAUGAGUUCAAGGAUUUUGAGAAGCAGAAGGCUUUCAUAGAUGAGCUGCUGGCCUCCGUGAUGGCCGACUGGACCUCGGACGCCAUGAAGCAAGUGCUUUCCAAUCCGGCCGUGUUCCUAUCCUUCAUUGGAGCUGAUCAAGUAGUCAACGAGCAGCACCAAGAGGCGGAGGCUGCCGGCACCAAUAGGGGGAGGCUGGGCUUCUGUUUGAACGCCAUGCUGGCCGCGGUGAAGCGGGCGCGCUGGCCUGCGGACCCGGAAGCCGCCAAGGCCGGAGGCUUCUUUGUGGGCCACACGCUGUUGGGCUCACCUAUUUACAGAAACCCCUGCGCCGCCCAGUUUUUAGCCUUCCUGCCCAACCUCCUGGCUCUCAUCAAAACCCAAAACAGUUUAUUUACGCCGGAGAACAGAGCUCGCUUGAGUGAGACGUUUACCAGAGCGCACGAGCUGACGAACGGAGAGAGGAACGUGGUUCUCGGUCUGACUCAUUCUAUUCAGGAUUCGUAUGACGCGCCUUCCUUUAAAACAAACACGGAACGCAUGCAGUUCUUUUUCGCCCAGCUGUACGACAACUGUUUCCAACUCCUGGGAAACGGAGGACUUUCGCUGCAGCAGGAGUUUUACAACAUUGACAGGCUGGCCGAAGAACUCUCCGCCUCGACUUUCUUCUCCCUCGACCACGUACCAGAUUACAGACUUCGCCCUGUCAUUCGCUUGUUUCUAAAGCAGAUGGUGCUGUCGUGUCCCGCGGAAUACAACGACAGUGUCCUCUGCCCCCUGCUCGGCCCUCUCUUCAGCUACAUUCUGCAGCGUUUAAACAUGAAGUGGCAAGUCAUUAUCCAGAGGGCUUCUGCCAAUGGUGAGGAGGAAGAGGAGGAGGUAGUGUGUCAGGAGAGUCAGGUGACACAGGAGAUGUUGGAAGAGCAGCUGGUGCGCCUUCUCACCAGGGACAUGCUGGAUUUCAUCACCGCAACCUGCAUUUCCCGAAAAGUGCCCGAGCCUGCUGCCAAUAAGGAAGAAAUAGAAGAGGAGGACGUGAUGAUGGAUGCAACGCAGGCAUCAUCCGCUGCCCCAGCCACAGAUGAGCUCACCGAACUGGGGAAAAGCCUAAUGAAGGAUGAGAGCAUCUACAUGACCCUGUUGUCCUUUGCUUUCACCUCGCUCUCGUGGAAGGACGCCACGUACUGUAACCGCACGGCGUCCUUCAUCUGUUGGACCCUUCUGCGGCAGGUGAUGGGCUGUAACCUUCUUCCGGAGGCGGUCUCUUGGUUCUUCGUCAGCGUCCUCAAGGGCCUCCAGAUGCACGGGCAGCACGAGGUCUGCAACGCCAGCCUCUCUCAGCUGGCCAUGCAAAUCUACGACAACCUGCGCCCCCGCUACACGGAACUGAGGGUGGUGAUGAACCAGAUACCCAACAUCAAUGUGGAGUCUCUGGACACGUACGACCACAGGCUGCUGGAGUCCAACGCGAAGACUGGCGAGAAGAAGAGGAAAGACAAGUUCAGGAAACUCAUCGCUGGGACCGUUGGGAAAGCUCUGUGCCAGCAGUUCAGGAAAGAAGUCCACAUCCGGAAUCUUCCUUCUCUCUAUAAGAAGGUGAAGCCAGACAAGGAUGUGCUGAGCACCGAUGAGACGACCGGGAUUACGGCACUCUUCGACUCGGAGAAUCACUUUUUGUAGGAGGAAGAGUAGGCCACAUCUUGUCUAAUGAACUCUUUCCGGACACGAGGUGUGCUGCAACCAAUAUACUGUAUUGUUAACUUCAAAGUCUAAUUGCCUGCGUCGUUUUUGAACAUUUUCGUAAAACGACAAAAACUGAGCUAAGAGGUCCAGUCACCUCAAGUCAACCUUUGCGGAUUACCUGGACGACUUAGAAUCGACACAGACAUGAAUAAAAGUAAUUUUAGUAAACACAUUUAUUUUUUUAUUGAUAUUGUGACAGUACGUUCAAAAUGACUUGGGCAAUUAUGCUGUUAGGCGAAUUAUGUCUUGCCAACAUCUCACUCCUGCUGCUUAUGAUUACUCUCACUAUUACACAGCAUAUUGUUUUGUAACUGCAAAACAAGCGAAUUUUCAUGAGGAGUAAUAUUUUCCCCUUAUCCACACUAAUCAGCUUUAAUGUGCUCACAUUGUUUUGUAUCAAAAUUGUCAUUACCGUGUGUUGUAUGGAAAACAAAGGUGGCACGGUGCACACUUUUUUUUUCCGCAAUUGGAUUAAUUAAUAGUUCUGGAUUAUCUGUUAUUUGGUACCUCAUGUAGGAAGUUUACUAUAAUGGAUGUUUAAUGGAAACUGUUUAAUAGUGAAAUAAGCUUUUCUGUAUUGUAUAUAAUAUACAGUACUUGGUAUUUGUCAGUUGUUGUCAGCGCCCCAAGUACUAAUUUAUGUUCUGUCAUGUUUUGUUUCAUUAUGUGCCAACGCCUCAUGUUUAAACCAGGCCACAUUACAAACGGUAGACGAUUGUGUUCAUGAUAUAAAAAAAAAAAAGGAACCGGUGAUACAUUCCAAGGAAUUGUUUUUAGGUAUUAUAUUCAUUUGAUGUGGUCUACUUCUAAUGAGCUGUGAAAGUAAGGAUUAUUUGUCUUUUCAUUAUGUAGAUUUAGCACUUUUGAUUUUUUUUUUCCCCCCAUUCACUUUUUUUUGUAAGCAUGCAGAAACAGGCAGCUCGAACUUUUGUUCCCCAAAAAGAAGUGACUCGGACCCUUGGAACAUUCACAUCAGUCUCUGUGGUAAUUGCUUGUAACACUAAAAUCUGAAGAAAAAAAACAAAGGGGAAAGCCUUUGUAAACGUUUAGUGUGGUUGAUAGUUUGCUUUUGAAUUAAAAAAAAACUCCUG